UUUUCAAGUGGAAUUCGAGGGCAUUUAAUAAUAAUUAUACGUAAAGACAAACUAAAUUCAUAACAAUGUCAGAGAAAACGUUUGUGUCUUCAUUUGAAGGAAAAAAGUUUAAAAAUGUGGUGAAGAAAGACAACAAGUUUUCUUCUGCAUGCAGCACUUAUUUGACAUUACUUGGGUAUUCAAUUGGAAUAGCAGAUUUUUGGAGAUUUCCAUUUUUGGUGUAUAGAAACGGAGGAGGGGCUUUUCUCAUACCAUUCGUCAUAAUGAUAGUUGUCUGCGGAAUUCCAAUGUAUUUCCUGGAAUACUCAGUUGGAAAAUUUUCAGGAAGAGGACCCUACCAAAUGUGGGACGUAAGUCCUUUAUUCAGAGGUGUCGGUGUCACAGUUAGCGCUGCAUAUUUAAUCUACAUGAUUGGGUCUAGCGUUUUCCGUUGCUGGAUCAUUGAAUUUAUCAUUUAUGCUGUCAGAAAUCCCAUUCCGUGGAAUCACUGCAAAAACGAAUGGAAUACACCUUUCUGUAAAGACAACACCGCAUUGAUAAACGCCGGCAAUAAAACGAAUAUAACAGACCUGCAUUCACUUCCGGUUAAUAUUAGCAGUAAUGGGAAUAGCACCAGCACAAACAGAGUUUCAGAACAAUCUAGCAAUAUGUCAUGGACUACAAACAUAUCAGGACCUGUCAAUAUAUCCGGAACCCCGAUGUCAGCCGUGGAAGAAUUUUGGCAGUACCAAGUUCUACAACUCUCUUCCGGAGUGUCGGAUUUCUCUCCCGUUAUCUUGCGAUACUUUCUUUAUAUGUUUCUCUUUCGACUCGUAAUACUUCUGGGCACUGUGAAGAGUAUCAAAUCGAUCGAAAAGGUGAUAUAUGUGACGGCAACGGUACCAUUUUUCCUGACGGUGGCCAUAUUUAUCCGGUCUUUGAUGUUGCCAGGGUCCGGGGAUGGUAUCUACUAUUUCUUCUAUCCGGAAUUUGAUAAGAUACUUAAAUCUAGGGUAUGGAUAGAAGCUACUCUUAUGGCAUUCUACACCUUGGCCUUUGGUUGGGGAGCUAUCGUCCUGCUGGGGUCUCAUGCAGACUUUAAAGACAACUGUCUACGGACGUCAAUCGUACUUCCGAUUAUAGACAUGCUAUUGGCUGUUUUUAGUGGUAUGGUCUGUUUCUGUGUUCUUGGUAAUAUGGCACAUUCCUAUGGUGUUCACAUCACCGAAGUGAUAAAUGCAGGAAUGGCGGUAGGGAUGGUUGCGUACAUCACGGCAUUGUCGUCAUUUCCGCUUCCGCAACUGUGGACAUCUUUAUUCCUCGUAUCAAUUCUUUUAACAGGGGUUGACUCACAACUUAUUCCUCUUGACAUGAUCAUGCAGUUGAUUGGUGACCUAUAUCCGCGUGCAAAAUCUGGUUUCAGAAUCUACGCCUUGAUUGGGGUCAGCCUGGUUAUAUUUCUAGUGUCCCUACUUCUUUGUACAGGGGCCGGGGCCUAUAUAUUUCUGUGGAUGGAUUGGUAUGGAGGGGCGUGGAUUGGUCCCAUCGUCGCCUUUGUUGAGAUAAUAGUUGUUGCCUGGAUUUAUGGUAUGGAUCGUUUUAAUGCCGACGUGUUUAUGAUGAUAGGCCGACCAAUACCUGCAUUGCUCAGAGUUGGAAUAGCAUUUGUGUCACCGUUUAUUGUCGCGGUCAUAUUUUUUACCAGCAUUGUAGAAUAUUUACCGCCAAAAUAUGGCGCAUAUACAUAUCCAACUCUAGCACGGGUAUUCGGCUGGGUAGUAGUAGCAAUUACACUGUUGCCUAUACUUAUACAAGCAUUCUACAUAUUGCAGAAGCCUGGUGGCUCCUUAAUAAAGAAAAUGAAACAUUAUAUAAAGCCGUUAGAUACAUGGGGGCCUUGUGAAGAAGAAAAAGAGGCAGAGUUUCAUGACAAAAAGCAUAGAUACAAUAAAAGAUGCUUCAAGGACUUGUUAUACUAUAAUGUCUUUGGAGAUUAUCCGUCAUCUUCAUCCAUGUAUAAGAUAGAAAAUGCAGAACUUGAUCUGUUAAACAAAGACGACGGGCGAACGUAGUCUUGAUAUUGUGUACUGUUCAACUUAUCAUGCAGUCCGUUUCUUUUGGGAUAUGGUCGCCUUCUUUUUCUGUCAAAGCUGACUAGAUUUUGAGAUCUCAAAAUCUGAAGCUGAGUAUUAGAGUAAUAUAGAACUAAAUAUUUGUUUUUAAACAGGUAAUGUUAAAAAUCAAAUAUUUACUCAAAAAAUAAUUAUAACCUAGGUAUUGAAUUUUUUAAUGGUCUUC